UGGAUAGAAACAUUUUUCCCUCCGUGGCACCAGUAUCCUUGGAGCUGUGCGCAUUCAGGAGCUGAUCCAGGCGCACGAACUGGAGGAGGGACAUAAAUUCAGCCCCGUCUCUUCUUUGCUAUCUCAAGCGAAAUGUAAAUCAGGAGGCAGGUGAAGCGUGACACCUCACGCGGAGGUUAUGGUAACUGAGAAAAGCCGUGCGCCACUUCUCCCUCUCCGGUCAGUCAGAGCUCAGGUUUCCAGGCGCACGGAGGAGCCGCUCCUCUCACUUCUCACCGUCACGUCAUGGCUCAGCAGCGCUCCUCUCAUCCUGUCCUCCCCGUCCUCCUCCUGCUCGGCGGGGUGGUCGCGGUCCUGCUCCUCACUGUCCCCACUCGGGAUGUCCAGGAAGCGCCGGGGUUCGCGUACGGGAUCGUCCUGGACGCUGGAUCGUCACACACGGCGUUGUACAUAUACAAGUGGCCGGCGGACAAGCAAAACGGCACAGGGGUGGUCACCCAGCACAGUGAAUGUCAUGUUAAGGGCGGAGGGAUCUCGAGCUACGCCGGCCAGCAGGGAGCAGCCGCGCAGAGCUUAGAGGCCUGUCUGGACCAGGCGGUGAUCGACAUCCCCAAAGAAAGACACCGGCUCACGCCUGUGUACCUGGGAGCCACAGCCGGCAUGAGGCUUCUGCAAACAUCUUCUCCGGAACAGUCGGGUCAGAUUCUCCAGGAAGUAGGUCAUAAAAUCCAGUCGUACCCUUUCAACUACCAAGAAGCGGCCAUAUUGAGUGGUCAGGAGGAGGGGGCGUACGGCUGGGUCACCGUCAACUAUCUCCUAGAGAACUUCAUAAAGUAUGGUUUCGUGGGGCACUGGCACAGCCCCGGCAGACCCACGGUGGGAGCGCUUGAUUUCGGCGGGGCGUCCACCCAGAUAACAUUUGCCACUCAGGAAGACGUUGAGGACAAGCAAGACACGAUGAAGCUGCGUCUCUAUGGACACGAGUAUUCUUUGUACACGCACAGCUUCCUGUGCUACGGGCGGGACCAGGUCCUCAAGAGGCUUCAGGCCCACUUAGUACAGUCUCAGGGUUAUUCCCAGUCAGUGGUCCACCCCUGCUACCCUGCAGAACACAUCUGGAGGGUAAAGUUCAGCACCAUAUUCGACUCUCCGUGCACAGUGGGAUACAAGUCCAGCUCCUACGACCCCGAGGCCUAUUUGACGUUGCAGGGCAGUGGACAUUACGAGCACUGCACGGGCAACGUGUCCGAGAUCUUCUCCUUCGACAGCUGUCCGUUCUCCCGGUGCUCCUUCGACAACGUGUCUCAGCCAAACCUCACCGGUAGCUUCAUGGCGUUCUCUGCAUUCUACUACACUCACUCCUUCCUGCAGCGAAUCACUGGCAUCACCGUGAACUCUCCAUCACAGCUGGAUGAUGCCACCAGGAUGGUGUGCGGCAUGAGUUUCAUUCAAAUGUUGCUCCUCGCUCCGGACCAAAAGUCUCGUUUGAAGGACUACUGUGCUUCCUCCGUGUUCGUCAAGGUUCUCAUGUUGAGAGGAUACGGCUUCGACGACACAUCAUUUCCUCGCAUUUCCUUCCAGAAGAAGGCCGGGGAUGCCUCGGUGGGCUGGGCUCUGGGCUACAUGCUGAGCUUGAGCAAUCUGCUGCCAGCAGAGAAAGUGGGGAAGAGGAAGGCCCUGACCCUGAGUGCGUGGGGAAUGCUCAUCAGUCUCUGUGGCCUCCUCCUCACCACGGCCCUGGUCUUCAUCAUGCUCAAAGCUUGUGAUGGGAAGAGGAAAGGAGGCAGUGAAAGCCCCAUCUAGAUACUGUUGUAGCACCGUGAGAAAAGAAAAGCACAGAUAUGCAGUAUUACCUCCAACACGCUGGAUCUGAAUGAUGGAGUGAAUGUGUGCUUUCAUUUAAGGGUGUUUACAUUAUCGCUCUAGCUCUUUUCAGUUAAUGCUGCUGAACAAUCAUCCUAAACAGAAAAAAUAUUUGGCUCCAACUGCAUGAAAGUAUGAAUGUUUUCUUUUGAUUUCAAAUCCAAAGUGCUGGAGUAAAAAGCCAACAUAAUGAAGAACGUGACCAAAUACUCUCUGAGUGUCCUGUAGGUGUAACCACUCCCCUGGUUGCACUGACACGUCAGGCGAGGUCUGAAUGUAUAUUUUAUUCUUAAAGGAGACAUAUGAUGCUUUUUUAAUUUCCUAGUGUGUUUUAUAGUGGCUCAUCUCAUGUAAGCAGGUGUAUCCUUGCAAAUUGCAGAAUUUAUUAUAAUUAUGAACCUGAAAAUUAGCAGAAUAUGUCUCCUUUAAAAAGUCAAACCAUGUGGAGUGUAAAAUAAUCCAGCAUUUUUUUUGCUUGUAGAUCGUAUGAAGCACACUUAUAAUAACCUGACGCACACUGUAGACAUUACUAAAAAUCGUAUAUAAAAUAUGUAUUUUUAGUUUUUCUAUAUGAAGACUUUUAUGUUGCUAUUGAGCUUUGUUUGCAGAGUUUAACAGAAAAAAAAAUCCAUAAUAUAAACAUUUGUUGACAUAAUCACAGGCUGUCAGUCUCUGAGAACAUUGAAGCUGUACUUACGAGGCAACAGAAAAAAAAGCAGAUUCAAAGAUUGAAUGGACAAACAUGUUGAUAAAUGGAGCUUGUAAUGUACAUUCUUACCUUCAUUUCGGCCACAAUAUUGAUAAUUUAUGUUUAUAUUUGUAUACAGUAAUGCAGAAUUCAGUGCAGAAACUGUGAAUCUAACCAUGGUGCAGUAAAAAUGAUUUGCAUUCAAACCUAAUCAACAAGUAUAAAACAUUUCACAUUAAAAGACUAAUCAUUGGUCAUCAACAUUUAUGCUGCCACAUUCAGGGUGUGCGAGCUAAAUGCAGCAUUUACCAUGUAUCUGUGUUAAAACGAAUUUAUAUUUCAAUUGCAGCGAUUCAUGUAGCUCACAAGUAGAUGUUGAAUUGUACAUUAAUGUAUAUUUCAGGAUUUUUUAUUUUAUUUUAUGGAAUAAUACUUUUUACAUCAGAUCAUCAUGGUAAAGGUUUGUUGGAUGAAUCGACAUUUAUAAUUGUGACAGUGAAAUAUUUUCUGUAAAAUGAAUAUUAGCUAGAUUUUUAAAUUGUCGUAUCACAUCUUGCAUUGUUUGCUCCUCCUUUAUUUGAAGUCUAAUUAAGUAAUGUACUGUUGACCCUGUGUUAGCUUGUAUAUGACGCAUGUAUAUUGAAACAUGAUGAAAUGAAAAGGUGAAAGGAAGGAAGUGAAUCAGUAGGAACUUAACACCACAAAAUAAUAAUAAUAAAAAUCUGAGAUUCAAAGUCCCCAUAAACAUAGGAAUCAGAAAAGUAAAAGUCCACCUUGAUAUGUGGACAAUGUGCUGUCUCUAACAAUGUCUAUCUAACUGCCCUUUAUUUUUUCCUAUGCUUCUUUUCAGUGUUAUGUUGAUUUUAACAUCCGCCUGUUGUAUUUCAUGUAAAUUGCUUUAAAUUGUCUUGUUUUUGAGACGUGCCUAAACAAACU